AUGCGAAGUAACAGCUCCUUGGAAAUUCUGAUUGUUGGUGAUGAAAACUCUUGUCACCAGCAAGAGACUGAGAAGGAAACUUUUGCGCUACUACGCCUGAAAGGUUAGCUUCGUCACUUAACACUUUAAUGUGUAUAUUAUCCAUACUGCUCCUGGUACAUUUCCUAUGUUACUGACAAGGAGAAUUUGUUUGAUAAUCACGAACUUCUUUAUUGUGCGAUCAUUUUCCUUAUUCUCGUGACCGUGCUGUUUCAUUUAGCAGUGAUGCAGUAGGUGACCCCUAUCAAACUAACAUCUAAUUUUGAAGGCGUGUAACGACCAGAAUAAUUCUCCAUUGCAUUGAAUCGUUAGGUGGUGACUGCCAUUAUUGUGGAAGAAAUGUCAGGUCUUAAGGAGCAACUUUUUUCAUUAUUUCCAGUGUCUUGUCAAGGGAAGCAAAAAAUGUUUUGUAUGCUUAAUUGCUAGUUUAUUGGUUUGAAAACUGCCCUAACUUUGCAACACAGGUGGAACAGAUGAAGCUAUUUGCUACGCUGAAACAGCCUCUUUUCCUGAUGACAGAAAGUUUGCUAAUUAUCUCAUCAAGAUUAAUGGUUUUGAAGUGUUUAAUAAAAGGAAAGUGUACGAAAGAAGUCGUGCAAACGCUUGGAGCAACGAAGAUUCCAUUCUCAAACUCGCUACCGCAGUUAUGAGGGAAAGUUCAGAGUUGAGAGAAAAAUUUGGCAUUGUUGCAAUUGAAGUAAGUUGUUCAAAUGUUUCACCUCAUAAAACUCAGAUGAUUAAAUAGUCUCGAAACUAAUGGUGUUGAAUGAAAUGUUUACGUCUUAAAGUAAACAAUUUGCAAAUUACAACAAACUGCUGGUUUCAGGUACGGACACUAAUAAACAUUGUUAACUGAAGUGAAGUUAAUAUCAGCCAUUGUCAAUGACAGUGUAGUAAAUGAUUGUUUUAGUAUAUGCCACACAAGUUGAAUAACUUUCUAUCGGACCAAACGUUAGCCACAUCAUUGUCAACGUUAGCUACAUCAUGAACAAUUUGUUUUUUUGUUUAUAUAUAUACCUUUGUUUGUUUGUUUUUUAUGUGAGUUUUUAUGGUACUUCUUUUCUCCAUCUCGCAUUGUUUAAAAAACCCUGCUGAUAGACCAGCAUCCCACUAUAUCGGGAUAACCUUCCUCAGUUUUAGCCCCUGAUGUUCAUAUGAUCAUUGUGUGCUUGAUUUUGUCUCGACAGACAGAAGACCUAGAAGCAUUAGAAACACUGACUCGGGUAAGCCAGAGAGUGAUAACCAAGCUAGACCCAGGCUACCUCGAUGCACUUGGCGAAGGCAGCUUUGGUCAGGUUUUUAGAGCUAAGAAGGGCGGCCGUGAUGUGGCUGUAAAGAUCUUGAAGAAUAUCGAGAGCCGCAAACAGAUAGAGGACUUUGAGCGAGAAGUGGACACACUAAGGUUAGUAUAAUAGUGAUGUUUGAAGUAUUCUAUUAGUCAUGAAUUGACACGCGACUUUAUUUUGGAACUCGAUAUCUGAUCGAUGGCUCAACCCCGGUACAGCGCUACACGUCAAGUUUCAGGAAACGAAAUCCAUUUUUCUCCAGCGCACGCUAAUAUUUUUUAAUGUUUCCCCUCUGGUAUCAAAGGUAAUGUCUGAGAAAAAUCUUCCUGACGGAUUGAUGGAGGUCAGAGUCCGGAUCUUUGGUUCAAGGCUAAAACAUGUUUAAGCGUAGGACUCUCAUGAACAUGUUAGCAGAAAAAAUGUGUCUUUUGGUAAUGGUUAGACUGAUUAACGUUGCAAAAGGCUAUCUAAUCAAGUCACGAAUAUCUUGUCUUAUGUGAAAUUGUGACAUUAAUAGCACUUUUGCCAGAUAUUCUGCUCGUUACUAUCAAAUAGAGAUUACAGAUGCAAUACCCCAGAAGCCGAGGGUUCAAUACAGUGGCAGCAUCAAAGCUAUUCUGGGCUUUUAUCGUUAAUCAAUAAAGCUAGUCCGUGUAUACGAAAAGAGAUUCACUUUAAUAACAUUUUGUAUUCUUCUUUCCGUAUAAACCUGACAAAGAGUACCAUCUUGUGAGAGAAAAAUUCUAUAGCAGUCGUGAACGUUCCUUGUUUCUAGGGAGGCAAAACACUCCAAAAUAGUGGAGGUCCUUCAGUGCAUCUCCAUUCAGAAUCAGCUGGCGAUAGUGAUGGAGUUCAUGGAGGGAGGAACUCUUAAGGCCUAUCUGGAGAAAAACCAUGGAGACGGACAGGGAAAAGAUUUUUCCGUCAGAUUCUUAGAGGAUAUUGGCUCUGCCAUUGAGCAUCUUCACUCGCUCGAUAUCGUACAUAGAGAUGUUAAACCUGAAAACAUUUUUGUAAGUUUGAAAAAAUUGAUUGUCUUCAUCAUUCCCUGCACUGGCUAAAAUAACUAGUGCGGGUUUGCGUCGGCUCUCUCACAUAUCGUGUUUGUAUGGUAAUCAUCACGAGCUGGCUGGUUUUAGUCAAUCCAUUGUACACGGUAUUUUUCAGUUGUCAGCUGACCACACAGUACUCAAACUCGGAGACUUUGGUCUUGCUCGUGCGACUGAAGGGACACGUCAAACAAAAACCCAGAUUGGCUCGUAUCGUUACAUGGCGCCUGUGGUCACCUCUGGAGGACGUUAUUCCAAGAGAGCUGAUGUUCAUGGUUUUGGUGAGUUUUACUGAUAGUUAAAGUGAGUAUUAAUUACCUUUCCCACCGUUUUGUUUGUUUGUGUAUUUGCCCACUAUUUUGCUUGUCUGUUAUGUCCCUGAGACCGGAUACUAUACCUUGUCUCUAAAAUACAGCUAAAUACAUAUCCGGCCUAAUUAUUAAGGAAUAAGGAGGUACUAGAGUAUGUCCUAAUAAAUUGUCUUCGCUAUAAAUUUAUAGUAUUUCAGAUCCUUUAGAUAUUCGUAUCCAUAAAUUGACAUCAAGUUAAUAUCGAUCUCCAAAAAUAUCUUUGUAUUAGAUUCCAUGGGAAUAUGGCCCUAUCAACUAAGGCUUUUUUAAUUUGAUUCCGCCAGGUUUGUGUCUGAUUGAAGUCCUGAGUGGCAGGGAGGUGUAUGAUAACAUUCUGCAGCAUGAAACGGUUUUCAGCAAGAAAAUGGCGGGGGGAGAAUCCGACCAUUCCGGUGGGUAGAAACGAACAAAAAUGCUGGAAAAUUUUCAAGGAUAAUGGUGAAAUAAGUAUUGACUAUUGAAAAUUAUUUACCAAAUUGGAGAUGGAUAUCCACCACUUUCAGUCACAAUGAAAGUGAAUCAAUAUCUAACUGUAAAUGAAAAGAAAAAAACCCGACAAUUAGUGUCAUGGUUUCUGUAAAUAUGCCCUACUUGGUUGGGAAUUAAACUACUGACACGCGGUUUGUCUUUUCAUCUGUACGGAGGUGAAUAGUACUGGUUAAUCACUUCCGAGCUAACCAAUCAGCGUGCGCGGAAAACACUAUAUCUAUGUGGUAAUUAGUAUUAUAACGAGUGAGGACAACCUGCUACCUGUGAAUCUUUCAACCAGAAAGUUUUUCUAUAAAUCACUGGAGGGGUCCAAACAUUAGCUUUUAAACAUACGAGUUGUGAACGAAUUAUUUAUGGUUACGACAGAGUCACUCUAUGUAUUAUUGGUAAUUCGUUGGUAAUGUUUUAUAUCUAAGAGCGCUCGUAUUUUUUCCAGAAUAUUCCUAUUGAGGAAUUUGGGGAGGAACUGGUUUUAAAGCUAAAAGAAAUUAUACAUGGGUGUCUGAAGCCCGAAAAAUCACGACCCGAAAUGAAUUUUCUACUCAACAUACUAAGAGGACAAAUAACUUCACGCAAAAUCACAGUGCAGCUUUACUGCGUGGGGACUGGGACAGGAACAACAGGUACUGUAGAAACUGCACACUUUUUUUUUCUUAUUUUCAGUGUAAAAUAGAUUGGUCAACUUGUUACAGCUUAGCCUAAGCAGAAUUCUUCCUGCAUAUUCUCCGUGAGAUUUUUACUUCCCCAUAUCCUAUAACUGUACACCUGGAAUAGUCUCUUUUGGUCAUUCAGAGAUUCCUUCAAGUGCUUCUUUCACUCUCCAUGUUUACCGUCUUUUAUGUUUGAUCCACAGAUAGUUGCCUUACUUCUUUUGUCUCAUGGCAUGCCAAUUGCCAUGGCGAAUGUAUCGAUUAUAGCUUGCGUGGCUAAGGAUGAACCCUUUCAUUCCAAAUCUGUUAAGUAAUUCUCCUUACUGUCUGCCAUACAGUUCUCAUGAUGUUAAUUUGGAGAAUUGGGUAUUGGAUCAACUAACAAUUGCCCAACUGAUAUUUCUCUUUAUUCUUAUCACUUGCCUUCUUGACAUUGUGUUGAUAUUUUAAGGAGAAAUUCUGUCUUGGUCACUCCUAGGUGUUAAAGGGUUAAGGAUUAAAAGAUGGUGUGCAGAUUAAAUUUCUGCACAAACCAAAACCCCUCCCUUCUCCCUCUUUUUAGAAGUAACGUCUACUCUAAAAUGAAAAAAUAAACAAUCAUUUAUUUACAAUGCCAUUUGAAACCGGUUUCAGCCGUCCUUCAUGGCCAGCCAAGCUCCUCCGCAAUUGUGUUUCACGAUGGAAAACCUUUGCUUUUGGCAGAUGUUGGAGCUGGUGUCCUCAAGGCUUGCAGGGAGAGACUCGGUUAGUGAAAUUCCUACCACUCCUUCCUCGAUUUGCAGUGAUCGUUCAGUUUUGUCCUUGUGUUUUAAACCCAUCUGUGUGAAAUCCUCAGUCAUAGUCUAUCUUUAUCAGUUGAAUGUUGCCCCACAGAUAUUUAUUCUCUAGACAACCUUAUUUUGCAUUUCCAGCUCACAACGAGUUCCCAAGGAAUGUUUUCAUCACAAACAACCACUUGGAUCAUGCCGGUGAGCUCCCUUUGCUAUUUUUGUUCGAGAGCGAGAGGAGACAUUUGGCUGGUGAACCUCGCCUAAGAGUGUUGUCUGGCCCUGAGGUGCAACAUAAAUUAAAGACAUGCAGACUGGACGAAAUGCUCCACCUGUAUACACUGGUAAGUCAUGAAUCACCUGUUAUAUGCGCUAAGAUGCAGUGUUUUUCCAUUUAAAUAUUUUUUUCGUUCUUCCUUGAAGGAACAAAUAGCAGAUUGGGUAGUAUGUCAGCAAGAAGGAGACCCAACCUACCUGGAUGACGAAAAACAGUUCUCCAUGAAAAUCCACAAAACUCUUCAUAGCGGAAUAUGUUAUGGUAGGUUACAAACAGCUUUGAACGAUGACCUGGGUAACUGUUUGUGUCGCGAAGACCGUAAGUCAAUGCGUAGCUGGCCGGGGACGUGAUUGUCAGCCUCGGGCUUUCAAUCAAACAAUUACGCUUCGAGCAUUAAACAAAGCUUUGCUAAGCCAGUUUAAACCGGCCCAGAAGAAGACCAAAUCUCAAACAGUAAGUUCUAAGCUGAACAAGUAAAUUUCAGAUGAUGAUCACGCCUAAUUCCAAUAGAGCUUUUAAAUUUGAAGUAUGAAAAGAAUCGUUAACAUUUAAUUUUUAUUCAUAGGAUUUGUGCUAUUCUUCAAGGAGAAACCAGUUCUUGGUUAUUGCGUAGACUCUGGCUUCAAGGAGGACGUGUUCGAUUUUUUUCUUCCAAGCCACCACUGUGAUAGUUGGUGCGAGGUCUAAUGCAUCUAAAGAACAUGCAUCGGUAGGUAUAGUAAUCAGAGGGUUUAUAGCUGACUACAUAUUACAUUAGCAUUGGAGAGUAAGAAAUGGCACAUAAUUAGUAAUGAAUGCGCAGUGCGUGAGAGUCCACAAGGUAUGAAACUCAUUUCGCAACGAUGAUUUGGAAAGUCUUCAAUCGAAAAAACCUGAGCUUAUGCAGCCAAAAUUUAAAAUGAAUCUCUAAAAAUCAGUUUGUCAACCUACACCUCGUUUCUUACUUAGUUCCAACUGCUGGUACAAUUUUUUUUAUCGGAUAUAGUGUGAUUACUUAAGAAGAAAGAAAACAGGUGUAUAAGAGAUAGAGCGAGGCCAAGAUUGAUUUGGUGUUUGGAGUUUAUUGAUUACCAACAUUUAAUGCUAACAGAACCACCGAAUUACUCAGUAGAAAUCUCUCUUUUGUCUUAGUUUACAGAAGUGGUUAAUUACGUGAGGAAGAUCCAGGUAUGUAACUUUCGAACUACUUUAUUUGGGUUUCUGUCUUGUUUUAAUUAUUUCCCUCAAAUACCAAAAUCAGAAAAAAUACUUUAUCAAAGCGCUAAUGAAGCAAUUUUUCCAAAUAUCUUUCGUUCAAUGUAUUACCGAUAAAAUAUUGCUGCAAUUUUUAACGCCCGAAAUUACUAUAGUCUGAUAAAAAAGAUUCUAGGUACUGGUAAAACACCACCUAAGGGUAUCAGUCUUCCCAAAGUCGACGUUACCCAUUAUUUAUCAUCUUUUAUCUAACUAUUUACCAGUUUUUUUAUUUAUCUAUUUAUUAAAUUGUUAAUUUCAGCCGAAAGAAACCAAGGUGUACAUAACUGGAUACGGUAUUGACGCAGAGUACCCGUAUGAAGGACUCCCAGGAGUAGAGCAACUGCGGGCGAAUCAGUACAUCACACUCUGGGAUGAAGAAACUGAUAGCAAUUCUUAGCUAGAAGCCAAAUCACGAAAUAUCUUUCUAUGGGUGAAAUGGAAAGUGAACUCGAAGCUUUCUUGAUA